AUGUUCAAGAUAUUCACUAGACAGAUUUCCUCUAGCGCUGUUGCGUGCGGGAAGAAAAUGCAAGUCUAUGAGCCACUUCCUAAACUUAGAAACGGUGUAAACCUCAUGGAACAUAUCAAGGCUAAACAGUACGAGAAAUUUGACAAAACCGGAUUGAAGAGAAGGGCCAUUUCGUUGCAGAAUCCAGAAAGAAUCAGAUCUGACGAUGUGGUCACUGUUGUCUACAAGAAUCAAAAGCCUGUCACUGGACAGGUCAUCAUGGUGAAAAGAAGUGGCUUAAACUCAACCAUCCUCUUGAGAAACAAAAUUACAGGUCUUGGGGUAGAGAUAAACAUUCCAAUCUUCCAUCCAAACAUUAUCAGACUCGACAUUGUGAGAAGACCUGCUACUUACAAGCCAAGAAACAGACACUACUACAUCAGAAACUCCAGAUUGGACGUUGGUGAAAUCUCUGCCUCCGGCGCUAAAUAG